GUUUUACCGGGUUUUCGUCUUUUUUGGGGAUUUUCGGCUUGGCAAAACUAGUGUCGCCCCCUCCUGAUAGACACGUAUGUUAUUAUCAAGAGCUCUGUCCACAGACAAACAGACGUAACGCUCAGAUAAUUCCCAUCGCACACCGAUUUAACGGUCUGUUCAAAAAUUUGAUCGUGAACCAAUUGCCCACUCGUCCCCGUGGCGCUCACAUUGUUUUGUUCGAGUUUAAGGUGAAGGUUGCUCGAGAUCAUAAUAAUAAGCUUGGCUCCCGCUCUAAUAACCCUCUCAACCACCCACUCAAAACAAGCAAAUCAUACGAAGCACAGUGUAGUGUGACUUGGUCAAAUAAACUAACAAAAACAAAAUGAGCUGUAUUAAAAUAGCAGUUGUACCUUUGAAUUUUGGCACACAUAUGAUUUUUUGCAUGUGCCCACCAACACAAUUUCUUCUUAUAAAAUAUUUUUUAAUUUAUUUAAAUCCCUACUUUGCCCAAUAUUUUCACCAAUUAUCCCAUUAUGCACCACUUUAUAGAGCUUGCUGACGUUUAUUCACCUCUCUCUUUCAAGCAUGCAGGCGGGAUAGGAUUUGUUUUCAUCGGGAAACCUUUCCUGAUGACAACAAAUCCUAUUCCGCCUGCAUGUUUGAAAGAGAAAGGUGAAUAAACGUCAGCAAGCUCUAUUAACGUUUUUGUUGACAACUCUCUCCUCUCUUCUCUCGUACUUUUUCUCUCUGACCGUAGAAAACUACCGUGUUAUGGGGUGACAUUAAUUGAUGUAAUUUCAACUCAUAAACAGCGAACGAUUGUUCUGUUAUCUAUUGAAAUCACAUUAGCAGCAUGAUAUUUAAAAUAGUUAAAAAGAUUAACAAAAUAACAGCCUUGUUUCGUGAUAAGCAUGAACUGCGGUUUAAUCAAUUUCACCGUACGUUGAACAAUACCACUCAGUUUAACGGUACGCUUUUCCGUUUUAGCGAACCGCGAUGUAAAUUGAUUCGGGUUUUCGACCACAAAAGUGAAAAACGCGUAAGUUUUUCGCGAUAAACGGUAGGUUAGGCGAAAGUGAAGACAAUUUUACGUAAUCGAUCAACUUAUUACAGUGCUGUGUUGUGUAGAAGACUGUUAAAAAGUGAUUUGAAAAAAGGGUGAGGCGCUUGUCGAAGAAAAAAAGUGCAGUUUGUGCUACAUUUUGACACGAAAAUGUGAAAAUAUUGUGAAAAUUGCAAAGCAGUACUUCCUGACGGAUGAAAAAUAUAGUUGUCUACCACAAGUAGCAACCUGAGUGCAAUUUGAGAAGGUAAGCAAGUAUAAUUUUGAGAAAUUGUUGAGGAGGGGAGGGAGGUAUAAGGGAGAGAGUGGCGGCCAUACUCGCUGCCAUUUUGUAACCCCUGCAACUAUGUCCUCUCUGACACCCCCAGAAAUACCUAUGAAAAACUACUGGAACUUCUUGAGCGCUCAACGCAGCUUACACCGAUCAGAUGGUCAUUAGUGACGAAGUAUGCGUUAAUCAGGUUUCUAUUGUUAUACAUACUGUUAUUCUUAGACACGUGACGAGAGUGCAGGCGAUUGAAAUCCUAGCCCAAAGCAGAAAUUUGGAGCAAAUUUUGAAUAGGAACCAAGAGAUCUUGUGUCUUGUAACGAAAACACUAAGCAGCCCGCAGCGAAACAGCGGCCCGCCCAAACAAACAAACACCGUUAUCCGUUAUCCCAAAGUUUGGUGUUCCAGUUUGUCUUCUUAUUCCACAGAAUCGUAACUUGUCUUGUGGGUUAGUUGGUUAAAGCGCCGGACUAGCAAUACGAUGUCAUGGGUUCGAAUUUCACCAAAUAAGUGGUAAAGGAGUUCCGCAGAUUUAUGUCUAAAAUGUCAAUGUGCGUUUACAUUGUGUCAUGUUUUAUGUUUCCCGAGACCCCAAGAAACGUCCAUGGAAAUCCCCACAAAUUGCUUGAGUCUCCUUGAAACGCCACCCAGACCUCCUGAAAAACCUAUGAAACUCUCUGUAAUGUCCUUUCAAACUCCAGCAACUCCCUGAAACAUCAGGAAAUGCCCUUGGAACCCCCUGAAAUGCCUCUAAAAUUCCAGAAACGCUUCAUGAACACACUGCACAGUGGCUGAUUUCGUCAUUUUAGCGCGCUUAAUUAAUAACUUUUUUACUAUGAAGUUUAGCGUCAUGGUGUCUUCGGGAAAGUGUUUCACUAUAAUAAGGAGCUUCUUUUGAGCUUCUGUGAAAAAUGAUCAAUCCCCCUAAAAGUGAGAUAGAAAAUUUAUAUUUUGAAUUUUUCAAGAUACGAGGUUGGUGUCUUCACAAAAGUUGUAGAAAAUGUUGUUUGGAGCAACUUUGCCGAAGGCACCAAGAUUGUAACUCCGUUACUUUUCAAGAUACGUUACGUUUUCUUUCAUCAGCCCCUAGAAAAAGGUUUUUGCGCAAUAACUUUCUAAAAAUUGAUUCUACAAUUUUCUCAUGUUCUACAAAGUUAUAGAUAAUGGAAAAACACACAACUUUGCCGAACAUGACAUCCCGCUGAUUCCAAAAUUAAAGUAGUUAUAACGGUUUUUAUAGUUUUUUGGGCCAUAUUUCAAGCAUAUAUAACUUAGCUAUAGGCAAUUAUAUGCAAAUUUCCUUUUACGCAUGCGAAAGUACAUGUAAUUGCCUCUCUUAAAAAGCCAAAAUCAUCAAACUGUAAGAAAAUGUAAGAUGGUUUUUGUAUAGAAACUUACAUCCAUUUAUGUUACUCUUAUAUGGGAUUUAUAUAUAUUUUCAACAUAUUUAUUUGACAUUUCAUGUCAGCUUGCAUUUUUAUUGUUAUUGCAAGUGUGUGUUAACAUAAAGAAAGGUUUUUGGUGAAUUUUGAAUCAUUCGUGAAGUACGUUACAUAAAAACUUACCAUCUAAUUCUUUUGUCUUACUAACUCAAGUGCUCCACGUAGUCCACGAUAAGAUCGAAUGAAGCGCCAUUUCUUAAAAAAUUCCAAACAUGCGCGUGACAUAUUCUGUCAACGCUCUCACUAGUACAUAUCUAUGUCUACAUUGGUUAUAGUAAAUAAUAAAUCUUAUUGCACUUCAAAGAAAGCUGCUGUUAAAUCGUGAUCCGACGAAAGAAGUUUCACUUUAUGUGUUUUUUUCGUGGACUACGUGGAGCAUUGUGAGUUAGUAAGAAAAUAGAAGUAGUUGGUGAGUUUUUAUGUAACGUACUUCAUGAAUGAUCCAAAAUACACAACAAACCUUUCUUUAUUUUAACACACACUUACAAUAACAAUUAAAAUGCAAGCUGACAUAAAAUGUCAAAUAAAUAUGUUGAAAAUAUAUAUAAAUCACAUAUAAGAGUAACAUAAAUGGAUGUAAGUUUCUAUACAAAAACCAUCUUACAGUUUCUUACAGUUUGAUGAUUUUGGCUUUCUAAGAGAGGCAAUUACAUGUACUUUCACAUGCGUAAAAGGAAAUUUGCAUAUAAUUGCCUAUAGCUAAGUUAUAUAUGCUUGAAAUAUGGCCCAAAAAACUAUAAAAACCGUUAUAACUAUUUUAAUUUUGGAAUCAGCGGGAUGUCAUGUUCGGCAAAGUUGUGUGUUUUUCCAUUAUCUAUAACUUUGUAGAACAUGAGAAAAUUGUAGAAUCAAUUUUUAGAAAGUUAUUGCGCAAAAACCUUUUUCUAGGGGCUGAUGAAAGAAAACGUAACGUAUCUUGAAAAGUAACGGAGUUACAAUCUUGGUGCCUUCGGCAAAGUUGCUCCAAACAACAUUUUCUACAACUUUUGUGAAGACACCAACCUCGUAUCUUGAAAAAUUCAAAAUAUAAAUUUUCUAUCUCACUUUUAGGGGGAUUGAUCAUUUUUCACAGAAGCUCAAAAGAAGCUCCUUAUUAUAGUGAAAAACUUUCCCGAAGACACCAUGACGCUAAACUUCAUAGUAAAAAAGUUAUUAAUUAAGCGCGCUAAAAUGACGAAAUCAGCCACUGUGCACUGUCAACUGAAAUAGCUGCCAUAGUGGUCGAAAGAGCUGCAAAUAAGAUGAAGUGGUUAAGAAUAUAAAGUUAGGAGUUAUAUAAGCCCUAUUUUUCUUAGAACUUUUGAAAAAAUGCACUUUUGAAGCAUUUUUUGCCUUUAUUGUAUGCAUUUAACAAAGUGUACUGGUAUAAGGUAGGUUUCUGACACAUUGUCUUUUAGGUUAUAGUAUUUCUCUCGUUUUAAAAUUUGGGUGACUCAAUUUCUAAUAACACUGUCCUUAUUUUUAAUCAACAUUUUUAAAAUGCUGCAAAUUUAGUUAAAGUUUUCGAAUUCAAUUUUUGGCAAAAGUUAACAGCAAAAAGUUGUUGCGACCAUAACAAAUUGCAAAUACUCCAGAGAAAAUCAUGAUUCUUUAUAGAGCGCUUUUUGAUUUUCUAUGGAGCGUUUUUAGUUGUUUAUGGGUGCAAUAAAUAGGCUGCCAAAGUUAACCCUUACCCUUUUAUGAUUAUUUAUUGUUUCUGAACCUUUUUUUCUGAAAUUUUGACGUGCAUAACAGAUUAAAAUCGGAACGGCACAUGUCCUGAUAAUUAUUCCGGAAUGCCAUUUUUAGUAUUUUUGUGUAUAUUAGUCAAACUUCAGGUCAAGUGAUACCCCGAGGAAAAUUGAUCAAUUUUUCAUGAGCUCAGUUAUCUGGCUUGCAACGUAUCAAACUUCUUGAACUUUUUAAACAAUAAACGACAUUUUUUAUAUUUUUUAGGUUAUAUAGGUCACAUGUCUUGGGACUUAAAGACACGGACACGUUUAAUGCUUCCAGUGAGCUAUUUGCUCUUUGAAGGAAGCACGACACUAGACAACGGACUCUCUGGAAUUCUUCCAGAUAUUCCUAGAAUUCUGCAGAAGUUUCGCCGUGGUUACUUACACGAAUUAUUUCUGUAAGUUCUUCAACGAAGGAUCUUUUUGAGAUUACUCCAUGACUUUUUUCUGUUAUUUUUUCUGAAGUUUUUGUUUUUUUAUCAUAAAAUCAUUCUGGGAUCUCUCCAAAACGUCAAUUUUAAAUAAAUAAAUAAAUAAAUAUCAGAUAGAAUAUACCUUUAGAAUUUCGGAAGAAAGUACAGAAAAAAAACCCAAAAGAAUUUCUUGAGUGACCUUAAAAAACUUAAUGAGGAGUUUCAUAUGAAGUAUUCUGAAAAAAGGAUCUUUCAGAGGGGCCUCCUGUAGAAAUCCCAGAAAAAAAUCUAAUAAAAUUCCCCAAAACGAACUGUAGAAGAAGUUUGAAAAGUAAACGCAGGGUUUAUCUCAGGGAGAAGUCCUUGAACAAUGUUGGAAGGACUUGUCUAAGGAAUCUACAGAAAAGAUAUUUCUGUAGAACUUUCUGAAACUAUCCUAGAAGGAACUGUAAGAGGAAUAUCAGUUGAAUUCCUGGAAAACUUCUUAUUGGAGGGAUUGCAAUAAAAAUAUUCUUGAGAACUCACGGACGAAUCUCUAGGAGUAAUACUAUAAUGUAAACUUAUCAAUACAUUUCAGAAGAAUUUUCCUAAUAUAUCCUAAAGAAUCACACAUCCUAAGGAAUUCCAACAAAAAAUGCAGAAUGAACACCAGCCUGCCAUGCGGGAGACCGGUGUUCAAUUCCCCGUUGGGAAGACGAGAUGAUUUUUUAGACGAGCUUGGUGGUCUAGUGCCCAGAUAACCAAUUUGCACGUAUAAUGAAGUUUAUGUUCAUGUUAUACGUACUUUUAUACGGUAAAGUUACAUCGCAUAAUAUGCAGUAAAAGUGCCUUAUGCGUACAAAAGUGGAGGCGCUAUACGUGCAUUGACGGGAAAAUAAUGACGCUAUAUGACUUGAAGCGAUAUCUUAUGCGGUGUACGGUAUGCACUAUUGCGACGUAAUGUGGCACCUUAUGCGACUUAAAAUAUUCAAAAUAAAAAAAUCUUGUCACCUAAGUAUCGAACUAAUAACCUUUGAAUUAUCGAGCCGCACUUCACACUUAGCACCAAACACUACUUAUGAAACACACUGAUUAAAUGUCAUGACAUUCUAACUCACCUCAGUGCUUGUUGGAAUGCACUUGGUUUCCGUGCGCUGUACGUGUUCGGCAGGCUCUUUGGAAAUCAAAAUGAUGUAGCUUGAUUUCCCGCACAGUUAUCACUACUCCUCUCUUACUAGCACCACUUACACAAGUUUACAAAAUACAACGAAAGUCGUGAACUUCUGUCAACGAUCAAAAUUUUUGAAGCAAAAUUUAAUGCUGAUUCCGAAACCAACCUUCAAAAAAUUUAAAGUAGAACAGUUUUUGAGUUUUAGCUCAAUAUCGAGUUUUGUAACUUUUCAAAAUAUGUAAUUUACUAAAAUUCAAAUAUAUUGCGUUUUGUUCAACCAAUUUUAAAUCUGUUUCCAUAAAUUAAAAGCUGAAUACAAUACCAUUCGAUCAUCUGAAUGCAGGUUUUGCGUCAGAUUGAUGAAAUUCAAGAUAUUGGCGAGUUUUAGGGACGAUCUUCUUAAAUUUUUGCAAAAUUCCCAAAUUUUUUUGAAGAAAUGUAUUUUUUCAAUAAGAAAAAACCAACCUAAAAAAUUCUUUCUCGACGUUUAUUUGACAUAGCAUAUGUAGGCGAGUUACAGUAAAAAUUUCAGCUCAAUCGGAGCAUUGAUUACGGAGAAUUAGAUGUUUGAAAUGAGCGACUUUGCUUAAAAAUAGAACAAAAAUCGAUUUCAAAUCAUCAACCUUGUAUGGAAAGUCGAAAAAAUUUCCGCUCUACUGUAAUUUUUUUCCUUCGCGUUUUCGAACUCAGGGCAUGAUUCUACAACAAAAAUGAUCAUCAGCUUACCGAGUUCAAAAAUGCUGUAAACUAGUGUUAUUGUUAAUUAUAAGGUCAACAAAACUAAAAUGAUGACUUUGUAACUUGUUUUGUAACCAUAAUGAUGACUUUUCACUUUCUUUUAACUUUUUGGCACUCCAACAGCACCUCUUUCAUUGUUAUCACAUAUCACAUCGCAAUAUGCCAACGUUAACGAUUCUACACAGAUAUAGGGUAUUGGUUCCCUUAUUAAGCAUGUGGCUCCCAUUUUCAUCCUACGAAAAACAAAGGAAUGAAGCACUGUUUGUUUUGUUUCUUAUUUUUGUAUUUUUUGUUAGAAGUGAGCACGCAUGAAAACAAAAAGAACGGAAUCAAUUGGUGCCGUAAUCACUUGUUUUCGAAUAGGAUGAAAUUGGGAGCGUGAGAUUACUGAUGGAACACAAACCCUAAAUAAUGAGAUUUACACGUCAUGUAAAUUUCAUUUUAGUCAUGUAAACUUAGUGUUAUGAUGGUUUACAUGAUAUAUCAUGUAAAUGUAAACACUCAGAGUCAUGCUGAAUUACAUGACAUAUAAUGGAAGUUUACAUGACAUUUUAUGACUUUUACAUGAUAUGUCAUGUAAACUUCUGUGGUAUCCCACGCUCCAAUUAUGUGCAUCAUAUGUCACAGAAUUUUACACACAGAAAAAAAUAUUCAUGUAAAAUUCAACGAGCAAUCAUGCACAUAAAAGGAAUGCUAGAGUUAGUGCAUAUUUACAUGAGAUAUCAUGUAAAAUUACGUUACAAUCGUGUAAAUUUCCGCUAAUAGUCACGUAACCGGUUGGAGUUCAUAAUGGUUCACGCGAUGAUUGGCGGAAAUUUACACGAUGGUAAUGUAAUUUUACAUUAUAUGUCAUGUAAAAGUGCACUAACUCUAGCAUUCCCUUUAUGUGCAUGAUUUCUCGCUGAAUUUUAAUUACAUAUUUUUCUCUGUGCACUCUUUUUUCGAUCUGGGUAGCUUUUGCGAGUUUGUAUGUACAUUUGAACGAGUUUAUUUUCAUUUUUAUGCGAUUUAGUUUGUACACCAAUGCGAGUUAAAGUGACAUAAUAAGAAAAGCACCAAGCGAAGUCGUAUAAUCAUCGCAGUACGCAAUUAUGCGAAUUCAAUUGACACUUUGCGAGUUCACUCGAACGCUUUUGCGAAUAAGCAAAGUUCGUCGCAACAAAACAUCGGAAUGUCGUCUACUACGAUGUAGUCAUGCAUUAUAAGAGUUAAUUUGCACUCUUAUAUGAUUUUACCAGAUACAUCGCAGUAAGUUCAAAAAAUAACAUCAUAUGCGAUGAAAAUUGUCCCUCAGCCGUACAUAUAUGCGAUAGUGACUUAAAAUAGUACUUUAUACCAUGUACAGCGUGCAUUCUUAUGUGAUUCCUGGUUAUCUGGGUGGCUACUGAUACUGAAUCUGGUCCUGGGUUCAUUUCUUGGCUCGUCCCUUCCCUUCUACUUUGUAUCUUUCUCUAUACUAUCUCUCUCUUCUAUAUAUAAGUUACAAUGAGGCAAGUUGGAACGGUUUUCAGGUAUCAGGAUGUCGGCUCCAGAGGCACGUUCACCUCCAUUUGGGAAAUUUGUGCCAUCGCCACAAUUGGAACGGGUGGGGUAAGAUGAAUCAGCGGAUUAUUGUGAAGUUAUUCAACCAUGAUAAAAACAGUUUGAAUCAUACAAUCAUUUGGUGAAGAAACAGUUUCAAAAAUAUAGGGUAUUGUACCAUCUAGGCGGGUGUACCUAUUUUGGGCACUUGCUGCUAUAACUAAGUCAAUUUAAAGCCGAUUGAUUUGAAUUUUUGUACAGAGUUAGAUACAGUGCGUGCCCAACUCUGUACAAAAAUUCAAAUCAAUCGGUUUUGAACUGACUUAGUUAUAGCGACAAAUGCCCAAAAUAGGUACACCUGCCCAAAUGGUACAAGACCCUAUUGAAUUCUAUUUCAAAACUUCGCGGUUCAUCUUGCACCGGUUUACCUUCAUCUCAAGCAUAUUCGUAUGUUCGUAGCCAUCGCUAGAACCAGAAACGAAUUAAAAAAAACUUUUCCCUUGCGGCUAUCCCGUUGAUUCCUUAUGUGAGUAUAUUUGAUCUUGCAAUACUUGGGUGGCAUCUCAAGCAUCAAGCUUAAGCUUCUUCAUGACUCGGUAAUUCUACUUCGAUACAUUUCGGUUGGCCUGGUUGAUCAGGUAGAUCAAUGAAGAUGAUUUGAAUAGGUACAUUACCGAUCCAAUAGUAGUUUGCAAUUGAGCGGCAUAACUAACCCCUCAAAGUAUCCGACCAUAUAAGUCAAUCACGAUCGUGUGCCAUACGACGGCGACAGAAAGAAUUCGGAAUUACACACGUUUCAUGUGCAGUGCCGCCAGGCCGUGCCGCCGCCACCGUAAUGCAGUAGUGUGAUGAGGGCGCGGACAACGACGGGAAUGGCAAUGUAGAGUGUCGUCGACUUGUCCGAAGUCGCCACAUCUGACGCAUCGUGAUUUGUUUAUAUUUUUUUGAACUAGUGGCGACGAUGAUAUGGAUCCACCACGGCGAUACCAACGUGAGCUGCUUGGAAUGCGCUCGGCGCGGCGCGAGAGCGAGAGAGAAUCGGAAGUAUUGUUUUCUGUCGCCGAACCGGGCGUCUUUGUCGUUUUGCUGCACACAAUAGAUACCUAGUAUAAGUAGAAGCCGGUGGUGUCCCCAAGUGGCGGCGGCGAUCGACCAGACACGCCUGAGAUACCGAACUGACCUUCCGCGUUUGAUGUGUUAAUAGAUUAGUAAUGAUGGAUGCGGUGAAUCGGAGAAACGUUGUUGCCCGGUGUGCGGUUUGCGGUUUUUUUAUGGAUGUCAUCUUCGCUUGCGGAGAACAAUUUGUCGGGUUCUGUAAAAUCAUGCAUCAGUCAACAAUUGGGACCUUGGUUGGAUGCAAAGGGGUCAUAUGGGAUGAUAGGUAUGGAGAUGCAAAUAACACAAGAGACCAGGGUCGGAAGAUGAUGUGUUUGUGCUUACUUGUAUAACAUUGAAAUUUAUUUAAAUUAGGGGUGAAAUGCUACUUUGAUUUUUGGUUCAAACGAUAAAGCAGUAGUGCUUAUGUACUUACACUUUUUCUAUCUUGCUUUUUGCUUUAUUAGGUAAUGAUCUUAUGACUUAUGUUCACGUUCAGUUUUAAACUACUGCAGUACUGUUUCAUAAGAUCGUUUGCGAAGCCUCAAUAGGUUUUGUCAAAUUGAAUAACGUGAAGACUGAAAGCUCGUGACGGGUGAUAUGCAUAGCUGCGUGAUCAGUUAGUGACCGAUCGACGAAAAAGUGUGCAUGAUGAGGAUCAAGGGCUGAUUCUUCCAUCACCCUCGCUCUGGAAGCACUGAUGCUGAGAAGGAUGAGCAACUCAAACAUUUGUACGAUCGCUGGCCAAGCCAAGAUCAUCGUAGGAGACCUAAACGUUCUGGUCGGCCAGGAGGAGAAAUUCAGACCGUUGAUAGGGAUGUUCAGCUCCACAAAGUUGACAAACUAGAACGGCCGAAGACUGAUUUUGCCGCCUCCAAGAAUAUGGCCAGACCACUCCCUGUGGAGAUCACCACAGCAGACGGAAUCCAAGAUCGAUCACGUUCUGACAGUUGAACGACUUCUAUCCGACAUUAUCGAGGUCAGGACCUAUCGUGGCGCUAACAUCGACCCUGACCACUACUCGAUGAUGGUCAAACUGCCCCAAAACAUUUCGCCAUCAACAAUGAGCAGUACCGACAACUACCACGGUAAUUAAUGACACCGAACGAUUAGCUCUCAGUUAACGCAGCAGUUGUGUUUUUGUCCAGCCGUAUUCUAAUGAGCUCGCACACCAUUCGCUACCGCAAGCCUACUCGUAAGCUCUCGUAAGUAGGUGAUGUGGUUUUUUGUAUCAUCUUAUCCUCGUGAUGAUGAUACUGACUGACGAUGAUCAUAGAGGUAUUGUUCAGAUAAUUGAUCCCAUUGUAAUGGGAUAGAUCAACUUCCGAUAUUGUAAAAACUGAAAAAGCAACAUUCGAUAAUCGGCACUUUUAGAGAACUUCACUCGCUUAUUCGAGAGUGUUCGUAUGACUAAGAUGAUGAUUCAUACCUGAUUGACUGGUCGUGCUUCUUUUUACCUUCGAAACCUCAAACCUUCCUUCAGUUGGGUGAUAGCAUCAUCAUAUAGUCACAACUAGAUAUUUCCUUCAUCAUUCCCGUCGCGUUGUAGACCUCUUCCUCUGAUUCUUUCCAUCUCACCCACAGACGCAACAGCGUGCUACUGUUCAGCAGCGGUCAAGAACAAGCUAGGGUUACAGAACGAUCGAGUGCGUAGUCUCAAAUCAUGAACCAGCUUCCAUUGCGCUAAAUGGGUUCUUGCAUUUCUCCGAAUCCAUCUGAUGAUAAUUGCAAUUAAUUUCAAUUAACUUGCUCCCUGGCGAGUCGUGUCGAGUUGCGAUUGAAGAACGCGACCAAGAUGUGUUACUCGAGAUUUUGGUGAACUCUAUUCCGUGUUUCGUUCGGAUUGUUGAUCUGGUGGUCGACGAGAUAAUUGGGUGAUGAAAUUGAAUUAAAGCUGUACGUACACUCGCGUUUCUUUGCCCGCGGUUAGGAGACGGAAGGGAAGUAUCCAAUAAACUUACAUCUACAUGAGGUUGUUAUUGUUUUACGUCCGAAUUACUACGCAGCGAUAAUUGUUGACCGAUGAUGAGCAGCGAGACGAGCAACUGAGGCAAAUAUGCUCCCGCAAAAAAUAAAUGUUGGCACGCCGUUGGCGCUGCGCUGGUUGAGCAGAACAAAGAGGAAAUUUUCUGAAGAGAGUUUCGCAAACACUCUUCGGUGCCAGAAGGAUGAUUUACGAACGUCAAUGGAUUAAGUGCCAUGAGUAUGAAUAUAAAUAUUUGGUUGGAGGAAGAGGCAACUGACGGUGAACCGCUGCUACUCCGGCUGUUUGGCGCGGCGCUCGCAGCGGACUAAUUGAGCUCACCCACAUGAGAGCUGGAGCGGGAUGCUCACUUCUGUUCUUUUUUGUGUGGUCCUGCCCGACGAGUCUGUUUACGCCAAUUUUACAAUUGUUCAAUCAGAAAUGGUAAUUAAUCGGGAAGCCCGCUUUGCGUUGUUUCCUCUGGAUAAUAAUUUGCGGAUGAGGUUGUGAAAUUUGUACUCUCAUUUCUGCAUUAACAAUCGGGAAGGAAUUCGGGACUGAUCAAAUUAUACCAAUUUGUUGGAGGAUCACUUGUUCUAGAAGGUCAUUAAUUAAAGCCACGUGUAGCUUUACUAUAAAUGAUAAGUUAUUUCAUUGGGUACACUCGAGUCUCCUAUUAGACGCUGCCACCCACUUUACGCCCACCGCAAUUUCUCAGCUGUCUUGCAUCCAAUCCAGCUGAUUUUUUAGCACAGUAAGUGCUUACUGUAGACUCAUCACAUAUAAAAAAUGAAUUGAAUUGGUCGAACCUUGGAUUUCAGCUCAGUUUGACAUGCAGAUUCAGAAUAUGGAAUUAUCUCAACACCGUUAAAGAAGCCAAUUAAGAUCGAGCCCUGAGGAAGAUCCAACCCAACGGUCGAAACAUUGGCAAUGAUAUAAAAUUAUGAACACUUUUCCCAUGACUGAAAGCCGAAAAGCUCCAUAGCCAUACUUUUUUUCGAGGAUGUCUUUAAGGUUUUAUGACAUUAUUUAGAAAAAAAAAACCUCAAUGUACUUCAGCAAAUAUAUGAAAAUCAAACACUGCGCAUCUAAAAUUGUGUCUUAUUCUGACGUACCGUCCUGAUAGAGUUGAUUGAAUCUUUUGGCACGUGAGUUGUAGAUGGUUGAAGUGAACAUAGUUGCGAUUCAGGAGGUAUAGAUUUAGAAAAGGUGAAUUCAUACUGCGAAUCCCAGCCAACACAUUCUUCAAGUACAGCAUCUACCAAAACGACGAAAAUAAAAGGUAGAAAAUGGAAUUAGCUUUAUAGUGACUGGGCAGUGGAUGAAACGAGUUAUGAGGUAAGGUAGAAACCGGAACAAAUCUGGGAGGAACGGGAUAAGUGCUUCAAUUACAUCUAUACGCUUUCAAACGAUAAACUCGAUGACAUGAUGGACGCGUUUCACGAAUUUCCCGAUAAACCUUACGGAGAGUGCUUAAAGCAUGACGAGACAUUUUUUUAUGGGUUGCCAACGCUCAAAUUGGAAAAGAGUACUGUUCUUUCCGAUACUUGGUAAGAAGAGUCUUCACUCUGCUACCAAGGAUAAUGGUCUGAGACUAAUGAUUUUCACUGCAGUUAGAGCGGGAUAGCCUUAGCCGGCCAUCAUUAUGGGUCACCUAUUCCAGUGGUAUAAGAGUCCACCAAACAGGGUAACCCCAAUUCGAGAUGUAAAGCAACCUUUGCUGAUGAAUGAAUGUAGAACAUCAACAAAGACAUCAAGCAGACUUCGUAAGUCAACGAUAGUGACCAAUCCGGACUAUGAUAAACUCUUGGCAACGGUGGCAGCAGCAGAUCCUGUGAUGCUGUAGGUGUCGGAAACUACCCAGACUAAGGCCUUUGCAUUCGUGCGUAGCCUGAAAGAUCCCAGGCGGAAUUCGUAAGGUCAUGAGGUUGUAAACCCCGAGAUUGAAUGGCAACAACGCAGGCAAGUUGGACCCAAUCAGGUUGGAAAAGAUGAGCCUGAAAAAGGCCGGCCCGUCCUGGGUCGAAUUAAAUAGAUCCUCAGUUACCAUAGGUUAAGGUGAUACCGGUGGAGGAUGUACUCUGGAUCCCAGUGGAUAGGCAGAAGAAGAUGAAGAAAAGGAAUAUGAACAGAAGCGCAGGGACACCUAGCUAAGGAAAGGUGAAGGCCAGUCUGUCCAUGUUCGCAUAGUUGACAUAACCACCAUUGGCAAAGUCAGCAUAUACAAGAAAAUCAGUGGCGUAGCCAAACAUUUGCUCUGGAAGGGGUUUUCGAUGAUCAAUAAUUAUUUUUUUUUACUUAACACUCACAUUUCGUAAACAACAAUGAACAAUCCUUGAUGAGAGUGCCAAGACCAAAAACCUUGACGAGAUCACGGACGCGGAAAAGCGGCAGUAGUGCGAGGUGUAGGUGGUCAUCACACUGCCGUUCUUCUGCAAAGUGACGUAAGCGACAUUGACAAUUUUGGUACAUUUUUGGUGAGUAUUCAUGAAACACUUGACCGUUCGCUAUGUUUUCUUCCAUAGAUGCUAGAUUACCACUAUAUCUUGCAUCCUUAUAUUGCAGACAUACCACAGUGUUAUUUAUCAUUUCACCAGAUGUGAACCAAGAAAGGUCGAAAUAUGAAAUGGCGCUUACGUCACUUUGCAGAAAAACGGCAGCACAGCAAUUCGGCUUCAGAAUGGACUGGCAGUAACGCAUGCGGCCUUGGUUCAGCUACAUGUGGUGGACCCUAAUAACUCCGUUGAAGUACGCAAGCUUAAGGAAGGAUAGCUAGUCGAUAUGUCUCCUGGGCAUACACGAACCACCGGAGGUUUGCUUCAAGUACCUUGAUCUAGGACUCUAAUCGAGGGACUGUAAAAGCCCCUACAGGAGCAAUCUUUGUAAGCAUUGUUGAGAUGUAGGUCAUAGGGCGCCCGGCUAUAAAACCCUCCCAAGUGCUUGAUUUGUUCCGGGAAAUCCAUGAAUAACAAGUACCCGACGGGAGGCCCAGGUGCCUGGUAUACAAGUCUUCGAGCUAUCAAGCAAUAGUGCAGCAAACGCAGCUGAACCUGAACCAUGUGACGCUGCCCAGUCACUGCUAUGUCAGGCAGCUUCUGAGUGGGGGAUUGAUAUAGCCAUCAUAUUGGAUCCAUACCGAGUACCCAUUGGUAAUGGCAACUGCGUCACGGAUGGAUUCAAAAUAAAGGCGAUAUGGACAACGAGUAAAUGCCCAAUACAAGAACGUUACGAGGGCAACGGGGUGCUCUGAUAUGAGCAUUCACGGUAGUCGAUCAAGCAGUUCAUGCAGAUGCUGCAUUGCAUCACGGCCGUGCUAAUAGGGCGAAGGCCGGUGGUAAAGUGGUUGACUUCUAUGUCUGGAUCGUGGAAUGAUGAAGUCGUUUCACGAACCAGUAUAAUAUCCUGCUAGAGGCACUGGUCCUAAUGUUCAAUGUUUAUUUGGCUUAUUUUAAAGAAGAAAAAAAAACAAAUAGAACAGAUCACAACGGAAUCACAACAUUUUAAUAAUACUAUGGAACCACUUUUUAUGCACAUACCUGGGGGUGCAUGAAUUACUAAAAAAGACAUAAAAAGAGGGAAAAUUGUGCAUAUAUCAAGUUUGGACUUAAUGAACAAAUCUAGUUCGCUUGAGAUGGGGCUAAGGGGGUUUCCAGAAUGUUUCCAGAGAGAGGAUGUUCCAGAGAUUUCUGGGGCGUUUCAGGUGGUUGUUUCAUGAGAAAGGGAUUUGAGGGACGUUUCAAGGUAUUUCAGAGAGUUUCAGGGGUUACAGUAACAUUUUGAGCGCGUUUUCAGAGGUUUUAGGGGCGUUUGGUAGUAUUUCAAGGGCGUUUCAAAGAGAUUACGGAGGUUUCAGAGGCAUUUCAAGGCAAUUCAGGUUAGGGUCCUCAGAAGGGGGUUUCAAAAGCAUCUUUAAAUCAAAUGACAUUUCAGAGGCGCUUCAAAAGAUAUUGUGUGGCGUCUCUGAAAAUCCUCUGAAACUCCCUGAAACGCCUCCAAAAUUCCCCCUAAACCCCGUCGGAUCCCAUGUACAUCCGAUACUCUCUGAAAUCCCCGAAAACGCCUUCGUAACGCCCCUGAAUCCCACCGAAAAUGAUCUGAGACUCACUGAAAUGCCCCCAAAAUCGCCCUACAAUCCCCUCGGACCCCAUGUAACGCACCUGAGACCCUCUGAAACUCCCAAAAUUGCCUCUACAACGCUUCUGAAACCAGUCUAAAAUGCUUUGAGACCUCCUGGAAUGCCUCUGAGACCCCCUCAAGAUUCACUCGGACCCCAUGUAACGCACGUGAGACCCUCGGAAACGGUAAAAGGUUAUUGCGGCCAUAAUAAUUACAAAAUGCACCAUAGGAAAAUCAAAAUGCACCAUAAAUAAUUAAGCAAUGUACCGACAAAAUGCACAGCUUUCUCCAUAAAUAAAUAGAAAUGUUCCAUAAUAAAUUAAAAAUGUAGCGGUAAACCAAAAGAUUUUCUAGUUAAAAAUGAAACAUUGUAUCAAUAAAAAAAUAAAUAAAACACCAUAAACAAAUAAGUUUGCUCCAUAAAAAAUAAUAAAAAUAUCCAUAAAUAAUGAACAUUUGCUCCAUAACUAUACCAUAUUUGCUCCAUAAAAAAUUAAAAUUGCACCAUAAAUAUCAUCAAAUUGCACCAUUAACAAACUAUAAAUUUUACCUCAAAGAAUGCAAAAUCUACAAAAAUUAAUCAAAUUCUGCAUCAUUAGCAGUAUUUCAAUGGCUAGUAGCACUGGAAAUAUGUAAGUAUAUAGUAAUAUGUGGAAUUUAAAAGGCUAUAUUCUGCACCUUCUGCCUAAAUUAAAAAAAAAUCAAAUCUGACUAUAUAUGUCAAUGGUUGCUCCUCCGUGAUUGAUCUGAGCUGGUACCAAUUGCACUGGGAUCCAAAUUAAUAAGGGCUGGGACACUCCACUUAUUCUAAAAGUGCAAUUUAAGCAGCUCAUACAUUCUUGAUCAAUAACGGCGCCGGCCACGUCCUUAUAGUCAGUUAGGAAGGGAAAGGAAUGUUCUAACAUUCUAGUGUGCUGGUUGUUGCUACUAAAGACCGAGAUCACCUCUGCAUCCCCACAACCAGCACGGAUGCGAUCCAUGAAUAGGGGUUAUUUUUAUAGUGUUCGUGAUAGAUUGUGUGGUGAAUAAGGUGAAUAAGGUCAAGCGGCACAGCACGCUUUGGUUGCAUAACUUGUAGGCGUUAUAUAUACUAUGCUGUGAGAAGAAGUUGGAAAUGAGGGAAACGACUUUUUUCCAAUUCGUUUCUGGUUCUAGUGAAGACUAUGAACAUAUGAAUAUACAUUAGUUGUAUAUGUAGAGAAGAGAGAGCGAGAGAAAGUGGAUAGAAAGAUAUAAAGUAGGAUGAAAGGAACGGGCCAGGGAUUGAACCCAUGACCUUCUGCAUACGAAUCAGAAGCGGUAGCCACUAGACCACCAAACCCGUUUUCUGCUCCUCCUGAUAAUCUAAAAAGAAUCUAAUAAAAAGAACGUCAGUUGUUAGUUUAUUUUAUAAUUAUAUAAAACAUGGAUUAAUUUUUUGAUAAUUUUUCCGAUCAAAUUGAAAUCAUUAAUAAAUAUAAUAUCGACACUGAUUCUUCAUUAGGGCCUAACUGACAUUUUCGAUUUCUCUUCAUCGAUCCUCUCUUUGUGUUAUUACGGAAUGUGUAUUAACUUUUCCUAAAAAUUUUUGAUUGAAAUGCGAAGGAGAUGACUACAUCUUGCUAGAGAAACAAAAAGAAUAAUGAUUUUGUUAGUUUUGAUCAAGCUAUUAGCGAAAGAGAGAGUCGAUGAAGAGAAAUCGAUGAAGUCAGUUAGGCCCUUAUGAAAAAUCAUUGUCGAUAUAUUUACAUUACAUAUUAUGUAAACUCCAAGGGCUAACCCUUCUUUCAAAAUGCGGAUUCUUUUAAUACAUGCGGCGUAGCCUGUGGAUGCGUUGUAACUGUGUCGAUUCGGUUAUAGGUAAUCCACAAAUCCAUGAAUUUGCCCGGUAUAAUGCAAACAGAGAUGUUAUCCCGUGAGCGUUAGCGAGUUCGAACAGCAAGCGAUUAUCCGGUAAAUUGCAUUCAUAGUGUUUCCAUCUUUUAAGUCGUUCUAUCAUAGAUGCGUGCUUCGGUACAUGGUUUCUGUUUAUUUUCUUCUUACUUUUCAUAUUAACAUUAUCCCAUCCACAUCCUAAAACUAUAUGUCGUUGGACACUGCAGCAAUGGUACAAUAAGAUUAAAUUCUUUGUGGUGAAAUUUACAAUUUGUUUAUGGUGCAAUUUGAUUAUAUUUAUGGUGCAAUUUCAAUUUUUUAUGGAGCAAAUAUGGUAUAAUUAUGGAGCAAAUGUUCAUUAUUUAUGGAUAUUUUUAUUAUUUUUUAUGGAGCAAACUUAUUUGUUUAUGGUGUUUUAUUCAAUUUUUUAUUGAUACAAUGUUUCAUUUUUAACUAGAAUUUUUUUUGGUUUACCGCUACAUUUUUAAUUUAUUAUGGAACAUUUAUAUUUAUUUAUGGAGAAUGCUGUGCAUUUUAUCGGUACAUUACUUAAUUAUUUAUGGUGCAUUUUUGUUUUUCUAUGGUGCACUUUCGUUAUCUAUGGGUGCAUUAAAUAGGCUGCCCUCGGAAACCCUCGAAAAAGUACCUGUAACGCCUCUUAAAUCCGUGUCGAAAAACUUCUGAAACUCUCUGCAAUGCUCUCGAAGACCCUUUCAGACCCCCAAAAACCCCCCCUGAGAUCUCCUGGCACCCAGCUGAAGCCCCUUGAGGUCCCUGCUGAAAUGCCCCUGUAACCUAUUAUUAUUAUUUGGUUAAAUUGGCUUUUAUCGGUGAAUUGAAACACAAGCCCCUGUAACGUCCCUUUGCUCUCCCUUAUAAACACUCCCUGGCCACCGUUGCAAUAGUUACCGUCAUAAACAAAUUGUCUUGUGCACAAUAUGUGUUCUGAGAGUAACAAUCUCUUUUCAUUCAGGAAAUAAAAAACGGCGCAUAAAUUAAAACUACAGAAAAAAAAACAUGUGCAAAAAGAGGUUUUAGUGUACUUUCAUUUAUCCAUUUGGUUUUCAUACCCUGAAUGAAAUGAUAUUUGUAGCCAGAUUUCAAGUCCUUCGUUGAGCAACUGAAGAAGCGUGCUGUUGAGCAUAUUGGAAAGCAUCAACAUCAACACGAAUCGUCAAGCGAAUUAACCAGAAACUCUUUUCUCAAAGUCGUCGGACCGGGAGACGAUGACCGAGAGAAUCACCUAAAACACGUACAUUUUGCGGUCAUGAUGAAGUGUAACAUAGUUGAAAACUUGGAAAUUACUAACAAACAACACUAAACGUGUAUAUUACGAGAGGUGUCAGCGAAAAAGAAAAAAUACCAUGAGGAAAAUGUGAUUGCUCAGAGGCAAGCAAGUAUAGAGCAGAACGGUAUGCGGAGGUUUUUACGAAGCUGUCAAUGGCGUGCGGAAAAAAAACAGCGCCUUCUCUCGUCAUGUGCAUCGACCGUGAAAUGACAGACUUAACAAUGGUGACUGCCAGAUGGAGAGAGUACUUCGAGGAAUUGUUGAACGGUGGAAAUGGAAGAGCCACAGACAGAAUUCGAAUCGACGACGACGGACAAGCUGUUGAACCUCCAACGCUAGACGAGGUCAAGACAGCCAUUAGAGGACUGAAGAACAAUAAUGCUGCUGGGAAGGACGAACUUCCGGUCCAGUUUCUCAAGUACGAUAGUGAGCAGCUGUAUCAACUCCUACACCGUAUUAUAUUGACUAUAUGGGAAGAGGAAGAACUGCCUGCUAGUUGGUUGGAUGUUCUCAUUUGCCCUCCAUACAAAAAAGGGCAUCGACUGGAGUGCGCGAAUUACAGAGGAACAACACUUCUCAAUUCACCGUACAAAAUUUUGCCCGGAAUUCUGUUUCACAGGCUGAGGUCGAUUGAGGAGUCUUCCGUCGGCCAAUAUCAGGCGGGUUUUCGUGAGGGCCGAUCAACGUUCACCUUGCGGCAGAUUAUCGAUAAGUUUCGGGAGUACAACUUGCAGACCCAUCAUCUGUUUAUUGAAUUCAAGGCAGCGUACGGUUCAGUGAAGAGAAACGAAUUAUGGCAGAUUACGAUCGAACAUGGUUUUCCGGUGAAGCUGAUAAGACUGGUUCGUGUGACGCUUGGCAGUUCGAAAUCAGGUGUGUGGGUUGCGGACGAAAUUUCGUCAUUGUUCGUAGCCUUAGACGGGCUGAAGCAGGGCGAUGUCCUUUCGAACUUACUGCUCAAUAUCACACUGGAAAGAGCGAUAAGGAGAGCUGGUGUGCAAAGGAGCGGACCCAUUGUCACGAAGUCGCAUGUGCUCCUAGGCUUCGCGGAUGAUAUCGACAUCAUCGGGAUCGACCGUCGAGCCGUGGAAGAGGCGUUCAUACCUUUUACAAGGGAGACUGCGAGGAUUGGACUAAUGAUUAGCACAACAGAGACCAAGUACAAGGUUGUUGGUGGUCAACGUCGCGUCGGUCUGGCCGUGGUAUUGGUGAAAAAGUGUGGUGCUAGAUGGUGAAAAGUUUGCUGUUGUGGACGAAUUUGUUUAUUUUGGUACUCUAGUGACGUGCAAAAAUUGAGCCUUUUUUGGUCUGCGAAAUCAGCUGAAGUCCCGUAGGUUGCAAAUGAAGACAAAACUCGCGUUGUACAAAAUUCUGAUUCUUUUGAUCGCUUUAUACGGCCAUGAAUCGUGGACUUGGAGAGAAGCUGAUCGGAGAGCCUUUUGAGUUUUCGAACGUAAAGUGCUGUGAACAAAACUCGGUGGUAAACUGGAGUACUGCAUCUGGCGGUGUCGCAUGAACCACGAAUUGUACCAAGUAUAUACAGAGAUGGAUAUAGUGAAGCGAAUAAAACACGGCAGGCUGCGGUGGGCUGGGCACGUAGCUCGCAUGCCGGAGGAACGACAAGCUAAAACCAUAUUCAGAAGAGAACCAGAAAGGGGCCAUCAGCUUCGUGGUUGACCGCGCACACGGUGGCUUUUUGCAGUUGAGGAGGACCUAAGCGCUCUAAACAUUCAGGGUGACUGGAAGCGGCCCAGUACCGAGACCAGUGGAGGCGAAUGCUUCAUUCGGCGUAGACUCACCGCUACGAGUUGUAGCCCAUCAGGUAUCAAGUAUCAAGUAAGUCAGUGAAAAAGAUCAAUGGAGUGCUAUAAAAAAUUCCUUCAUUGCCAUUGACGAGAAACGUGGAUACCGCAUUUCAAUGACGAAAACGAGAGGUGCCAAAGCAGCCGCACAGACAAACAGAUUUGAUGUGUGUUGACCGAUUCUCUCCAGAAAAUGGCCUGAAAAACAUUCAGCAACAUGCUUACUAUUUUUGGUUAUUAUAUCAAAAACAUAUUUUCAAUUGCCGUACGUUCUUAUAAAAAAGAUUCUCGGUUUUACUAGAAGCUAAUUGUAGAUUUUAUACAUCCUAAAGAAAACCCAGUGAUUUUUCUAUUUUGUGUUCUAUUUUGGACGAUUCAGUGCUUGACAUUUAUUGGCUGCAUAAGUUUUUUUUUUGCUAAAUUUGGCAUUAGCCAACGUAACUCUUAAAAUAAUCCUUUCAAUUCCACUUUCGCAGUUAUCAUUAGCACAAUUUUAAAUUCAGCUUAAAUCCCAAUGCAAACAAGGAAACACACAUACAUAUGCCAUCCCACACACGACGGAAGAGAAACGAAUGGCAACAAAACAUGCUCACCAAUGUUUCCAUUUCAUACACGGAGGAAACAUUUCAUUCGAGGCAUUUAGCACAUAUGGGUAUAAUGUUUGCCUUCCCAGAACACUUCAUUAAGUAUAGCCGAGAGACGCGAAUAGAAAUUUUCCGGAAUUGAAACUGAAACACACCCCCAACAACCCCAUCAAAAGCAAACACAACCACCACUCGACAAGAACAACUGACAUCGCCGCGCCGCCACCGGCUGCCGUGACACAGUGUGUGGAACCUAAGUAUCACUGGGCGGCAGCUGUUGGAAAGUGCCUGGCAUUUGCUAGUUCCUCUGGAAAGAGGAGGAUAGAGCGAAAAAAAAGCAUGCCGCCGGAAGAGCAAUUGCAAUGGCACGGGUAAUUGUGACAUUUAGCUAUACUCUAAAAAUACUCCUUGAGGGGGAACGCGACUCGCGCUUGCAAGCCUAAUGAUACACCCUAGCUGGAGUCUGAGAUUAGCUCAACACCAUAGCUAGCUACCUAGCUACUCGAUGCAAACAGGUGCUUCUGUGUUUGCGUUUUUAGCCGUAGGUAUGUUGGGCAUGAUACUUUCCAGGAGCUUGCAUCCGAUUGAUAUUUAAAGGCUAAUUAUAACGGCCGAGCAUUUAUCGCGACUCUUUGGAAUUUAUUACUACCAGACGAAUCCUAAACCAAGGUUCCACGCACCCGCGGUAUUCAACCUUCACGGCGAACUUCAUCCAACGAAUCAAGGGAGGACGAUUAAUGCCUCCACUGGUGCCUCAAUGUAGUGCGCACAGUUUCUUUACGUCCGGCACUUGAGUGUUUUGAAUAUCGAUUUCUUCCAAACUAAGACUUAUUUGGAGCAAAGAGUGAUAACCUUUCGUGUUUGGAAGUUUCUUUCCGGGGCAAGAAAUGCCUAGGUCAUCGCACUUUGGUAAGAAAAGCUGUUAUUACCAUUGCUACAAAAAUUGGUUGAUUGUGACCGGUAUGAGCGUAGGACAUCACGAAGUCAUUUGUUGUUUGACUUAUUUUCAUUAAGCGAGGCAAUUAAUAAUUUUAAUUUAACCCUCUCUCAAAAGCAAACAAGUUAAACAUAGUAAUAUUCACUCAUUCUCAGAAAAGCUAAGUUUUGUGGCAAUUUAACUGGUCGCGCGCUGUUGUAAAAAAUACAACACUACCAAAAACCUCACUCGUCAUAUAUAGCGCGAGCGUGGAGCAGUUUCGGCUGCUUGAUGGCGCGCAUCCUGAAAGGUUAAUCAAUACGAAAAUGUCCAUAUUUUUUAUGUUGACAUCUUUCCAAAUUACGCUGCUGGAAAAUGUCCUCUUCGAACUAGGGUAGCACGUCCACCAAGAUUUGUUUUGUCGUCUAGUCAAUGUAUACUAUUUCAUCAGGACUUCGAUGAUUAACUACAGUUCAAGUGAACCCACCCCACGUGCCAAACGAAAUCAAAAAUUUCCUUCACAAACGACUGACACAAACAGUCGCCAUUUGAAUAGCGUUGCGUGACUAGACGCUUCCAUUCUGGCAGUGAAAAGGAAAGAAAACUUCUGCACCAGCUACCAAACUGCAGACCUCACUCCCAGGAAGAGAACUGAAGGUGGCGACCCAGAACCUGCUCCCCUCGACCACAAACUAUUUCGAUGCUUCCGAACCGGGGCGGGGAGCCGGCAUGAAGGCUAUACCUAGCUGAAGUUAACCGGUUUCAACAAUCCACCAACCAAGUGCCCAAGAGUAGUGGCGUCAUUCGGCUUACGGUAUCCAUUGGAAUGUGACGUCACCACUAUUGCCGAAGGAUUGUUGAGCGGCCAGAGAGACGAGUGUCUCGCAACACUAUGGGCCGGUGACGGCGCGCUCGAGCUGCGGUGAUGAGUCAUAGGAUUCGACCUUCAGCAGGCGAGGCUCCGUUUUUACCGGAGGUGCUGGUGGUCGGGAUGAUACUGUAGGAACGUGAUAAUAGUGUAAUAACUAAUAAUUCGUGUCGAUGAGGGAAAAGUAAGGAACUGAUGGCAGAUGAACAUUAGCAGUCAUUAUCACGAAUGAAAUAAAUUAAUGAGCCAAGAGGAGGGGUAUGAGUUUCAACAUUUGUUGUGAUAUCACCCUGAAGUCAUCAAAAAUUCAACAACCUCGCUCUGUCUCUGCGAUCAUACCGGUUCCGUUGCGUUUCGUCUGCAUUCGAAUCGAAACAACGCAAAACCUUGACUGAUAUUCGCAUAUGUUGAUCCAACAGUGUAGUCUAGUCAAUGGUUAUCGUUUCAUAUUCGUGUACAGAAGAUCAUGGAUUUUAAGCCAUCACAAAAAAAAAAGAAACGUGUUGAAAAGCCGUUCCCCUUCCUUCAAACUUCACAGCACAGUUGCAAUCUAACAUAUCCUACCUAAAGGUUAAGCAACCAGUAAACUGUGCGGAAUCAUCUUCAGAGUUAUCAGUCCAUCCUAUUACCUUACGACAUUCACGCACAAACCGAAAACCCUGUGCCAUACGACCGUUUCUCAAAAACACUCAGACAACCCACCAUGAACGUGUGCAGACGCAGAGGACUCAACGGUCUUUCGUGGGAAAUUGAAAUCAUCCUUUUUUCCUCUUUCCCACAUUUACCUGUAACCUGACGUAUUCAUCCUGAAAUAUUUCUUUUACGAAUUCUUUCACAAAAUUCACCAAGGAAUCAAUCGGAAAUUCCAUUAAACAUUUCUUCAAAAAAUACUUAAAGGAUCAUUUAAAAAAAAAAUUAAAAGAAUUUUUUGGUUUUCUAAACGGUUCGCAAUGAUUUUUUCAAAACAAUCUCCAGAAACAUCUUCAGAAAUUCCUCCAGUGAUUCCUUUGAAAACUCGUUCAGAAAUUCUGUAAGAAAUUCUUCCAGGAAUUCUUUCUGGGAUUUCUCUGAGAACUCUGCUAAGAAUAGUUCCAGAGAUUUCUUUAGAAAACCCAUAGAAUCAUUUACGAUUUCCUCUGAAGUUUCGUUAAUAAUUAUCCAGAAACCAAGAAUUAAAAAUUUGAUAACUCUUUUCUAAAUCCAUAGAUUCCUUUCAAAAUUGUUUAACCCUCGAGCGAUCGCGCUGUUGUAUUUUGUAAAACACGUGAAAAAAAAUCACGCUUUUUGUAUUCAGCAUUAGCGUGGUGCUGACGGUGGUGGCCAACCGUGCGAGUAACGGAUGGUUAAUGGAUUUUUUUGAGAAAAUCUUCCACUUUUAGUUAGUUUUUCAGGGAUUCUUUUAUAAAAUCACCUAUGCAUUGCUAUAGAAAAUAUUCCAAAGUUCCGUGGAUUACCUCGGAUUUUUCUUCCAGUCAUUUCUUUUGGAAAAUCAAAAAAUCUGCAUUCCUUUAGACCAUAGUUUCCCAAACUUUUCGAGUGGCGACUCCCGUUCCUACCGGAAGAACUUCUCGAGAAAACCCUUUAUUCAACAGGGAUUGAAGAACUGGAAGUUGGAAUAUUUUCAUUAAGAUAUUACAUUGUUCGUUGGAUUCUUUUAGGCUGUACUAACGGAACUAACUAAAUACGGAGCUCACUUCUUUGUUUUUUCUCUAAUGUUUACGUAAAAUCUCGCCAAUUUCGAAACAAAAUUAUAAAAAAAAUUAAUGGAUCUUGAAAGUUCCUACGAUUUAAAUAUUAAAGAAAACUAAUCAUAUUAACUUUUGUACUCAAUAUGAUAAUUAGUAAAACUUUUGGAAAUGUAAGCAUAAGAUAAUGAACUUCAUGCAAAAAUAAGUCAAAUCACCGUAAUAUAUUAUUUAUUCUUGUGAGAUAGAUAUACAAGCUUUGCUUUCGUCAUGAAACGAUAUACUCAUGAGGCUUAGAAGUCUUUUCUCACUUUCAACAAACACAACUUCACAGUAUUUUCUGUACCAAAAACAAAAAACAUUUUCUACCGGGGAAAAAAAUCAGGAGAUACUUUGAUCCACUCUCUACAUGUGUGCGAAAACCGAUUUUGAAAAUAUUGCUUCAUAAUUUAUUGAAAAAAUAAAUUGAGGAAAUGCAACCAGUUUCGCCUUAAGAAAUUCUUUAGAAAUUUCACUCAGAAUUCGUUUAGCAUGUACUUCAUGGACUCUUCCUGAAAUCCUACCUAGAAUUACUUCAAAAACUCUUCUGAGGUGUCUUUUAGAAAAUCUUUUUGAAGGUAUCAGAAGUUUCUCCAGGGAUCCAGAAGUUUUAUAUUUUUUUAUUAUUGAGAUUUUUAGACCCAGGCUAGUUCAUCAGAAGUUCUAUUAUAGAUUAUUUCAGAAAUUCUUUCUGCCAGUUGAUUUUUACCGACAAUUUUCCGGUGGUUUCUUUAGUCAGGUAUUUCUUUACGAGCUCCUCAAGAGAUUUAAUCUGGAAAUUCUCCAGGGAUCUCAUUGAAAAUAUCCGCGAGAAUGUCUCUAGGAAUUACGUUAGGGAUUCAUCCAGAAAAUCCAGCAAGAAUUCCUCCAGGGACUCUUGCAUUAUUAUUAUAAGUGAUUCUAGCAGGAAUUUCACGGAUUCAUAAACUUCCCUAGACGUAUUUUUCUACAUUUUUACAGCACAGGAAAUUCAUGAGGAGGUAUAAUUUUUUAUUUAAUUUCUCUAACAUUGUUUAAAAAAAGUUCUCCUGGUACUCUAUUUCAUAUUUUUUGCAGGAACUCAAUACAUUUUCUUGGAGAAUUUUCCCCUGGUAUUCCUCAAAGAUUUUUAUCGGGAAUUCCUCCUGAAAUUUCUACGGGACUUCUCCUGGGAUUUCUUAAAAACCUUCAGAGAUUAUUUAAGUAAUUCUUCCAUGGAUCCCUUCAAACAAUUUUUUACGGAUAUCUCCAGAUACUUUUUCAUUAUUUUAAGGAUUUACACAAAUUUCAGCCUGGGAUUUCUUCAAAAGUUGUUCAUUCAGGAUUUCGUACAGGUAUUUUUUCAGGAACUUCUCCAGAGAUUUUCUUGGGAAUACUACUCCAAGGAUUUCAGAAUAUCCGCAGGAAUGUCUCCAGGAAUUACUUCAGGGAUUCAUCCAGAAAAUCUAGAACGAUUUUUCCAAGGAUUUUGGCAUUAUUACUCUCAGUGAUUCUAGCAGAGAUUUCUUUAGAAAUUUCUGCAGAAAUUCAUACUGCGUUCUUUCAGGAGCUCCAUUAGUAUUCCUCCGUAUAUUUCCCAAUAAAUUACACUAAUAUUCUCCAAGGUUACGUCUAGGAUUGUUCCCACAGAUUCGGAAAUUUCUCCUGAAAUAUUUUCCGCGAAUUUCUACAGCAAUUUCAUUGGGAAUUUCUCAAAAAAAAUAGAUUUUUCAAAUUACCACAAGAUUUUUUUUAAGAAAAUCCUCUAGAUACUCUAGAUACAUUCAAUGAUCUCUCCACCAAAAAGUUUCCCCUGGUAUCCCCCCAAGAUUUUAUUCGGAUACUUCUCCUGGGAUCUCUUCAAAAACACUUUCAGGGAAUUUUCCAAAACAAAUUCCUCUAUGGGUUCCUUUUGAAAUUUCUUCACGAUUUUUUCCAUAAAUUUUCCAUAAAGACUCUGUCUAUAUUUUAAAGGUUUCUUUGGGAACUUCAGCCAGAUAUUUCUUCGAAAGUUCUUCCAUGGUUGUUUUUGCAUAAAAUUCCAUAUUGAAAGUCAUGCGUAAAUUCCACCAGGAAUAUUGUGAGAAGUUCCCACAUGAACCAUUGUAGUAAUUUCCCAAAGUAUUCCUAGUGAAUUUUGAAGUGCAAUUUUAUAAAAAAAAACAUGGAAGAACUUUUGAAGAAACCCCUGGCUGAAAUUCCUAAAGAAUUCCUUAAAAUAUUGUAACAGUCCCUGAAGAUAUUUAUGGAGAAGUCCUUGAAGAAAUUUCAGGAGGAAUCCAUUUGAACUUGCUCCUGGGAUACCGUCAGAAAUAUCAAAGAAUUCUUCAGAGAUUUUUGCAGCAAUUCUUCUAGAAAUUGCCCUAAAUAUUACUGGGGGACUUUUUAUUUUUUAAUGAAAACCCAUCAAUGAUUUUUAGAAAGAAUCACUGAAAGAACUACAGAAGAUACCUGUGGAGAUUUCUAGAAUUACUUUUUGAAAAAAUCUGAGAGGAUUCUUGAACUUAAAACCCUCGAUGUCAUUUCUGAAGUAAUCCGUGGAGGAAUACUUGGAAUAAUCCUUGGAGGAACACCUAAAGCAAUUCCCUGAGAUGUCUCUGAAGAAAUUCCUAAAAUAAUUUUAUGGUAAACUUCCUACCGACAUCCUUGAGGAGUUUCUGAAGAAAUCCCUGGUGAAAUUUAUUAGGACAUAUCUGAAAAAAAAAACUCCGGGAGAUACCUCAGGAGAAAUGCUUUGAAGAAUUUAUUGUACAAUUUCUCAAAAUAUGAGAAAAAGUACUGAUGAAAUUUUUGAAACCCAAAGUCCUGGAGAAAUUCUUCAAGAAAUAACUGCAGAAAUUUCUGAAGGAAAGGAUUUUUUUGUAAUAAUUUCUAAAAGAAUACAUAGAGGAACGGAAGAAACCUCUUCAGGUACUUCCAGAAUAAUUUCUUGAAAUCAUCCUUGAAAAAUUCCAAGGAAUGAAGCCUUGGAAAAAUCUUGAAGGAUCACCGGACAAUAAUUCCCGAACAAGUCCUGAAAUGGAUUGAUAAAGUAGUCCUUGGAGGAAUACCUGGAGCAAAUUUUGGAGAAAUCCCUUGAGAAUCUAUUCGAUGUUUUUUUUUUUGAGAAUCUUCUAGAGAAAUUUCUGGAGUAAUUCUAAGGAGUCAUUGAAAAACUUAUUUAAGCAGAAAUGCCUGAGGAAAUCUCUGGAGUAAAUCUUUAUGGUAUCUCAGGAGAAUACAUGGGGGAAUAACUCAAUGAACCUCUGGAGUAAUUUCUGAAACAGUAUGUACCUGCAAAAAAAUCUGUUGCAGAUUUCUCAGAAAAAAUCCUGGAAAAUAUAAAUAUCAUCCUGCAAGCAACUGUAAAUAAAUGUCUGCCAGAACAACUAUUUUAAGGGAAUCUCUGGAGGAAUACCUAGAAGCAUUCCUUAGGAAACCUCUAGAGAAAUUCCAACAAAAAUUUCUAGAGCAAUUUCUGGAGAAAUCUGUAAGAAAAAUAGCCGGAGGAUAUUGUUAUAAUAUCCCUGGAAGAAUAUCUUCAGAAAUUUCUGCACGAUUUUCUGCACGAAUUUUUGAAGGAAUAUGGUAAAAAAUUCUGAAAGAAUUCUUGAAGGUAGGUUCCAAGAAGAAUAUUUUAGGAAGUUUCAUGGAAAAUUCCUAAAAAAAUGGCAAGAGAAUCUCCCAGAAGAAUUCCUGAGAAUCCCUGGAGAAAUUUUUCAGGAUAGUAUAGUAAUUUCAGUACCAAUAUAGUAAUAGCAGGUGAAUUUUUGGAAAAAAAAAUUAGUCUUCUUCUUGGAAUAAAUCGAUAUUUUCAUCUAAUGUUGUAAAUAAUUUUCACAGUUAACACCAGAAAGGUAAAUAGUGUUCAAAAAUAAGUGGAAGAAUUGGAUACAGGAACCACGAAAAAAGCUACGAAAUCACUUAUUCCAUCAUCAUCAUUGACAUUUAGUCAAGUGGUUAAGGCUAUGGAUCGCGAAUCUGGAGACGGCGGUUUCGAUUCCCGUUUCGGUCGGGAAAACUUUCUCGACUCCCUGGGUAGGGAAUCGCGCCACUUGGGCGGUGGCUUCUAUAUUCGUCUGUUUUCCACUAUAACUCAUUCAAAUUUGAACCAAAUGACACAACUUUUGGAAUGUGAUGAGAUAGGUAUAGUAUCUACUCGUGUACAACAUUUCAAGUCAAUUGGUUCAAAAUUGACUGAGUUAUAGUGGAAAACAGACGAAUAUAGAAGCCACCGCCCAAGUGGCGCGAUACCCUAUACUGUAUCAUUGUCCUUGCCUCACAAUAUACAAAUUCAUGCAAUGGCAGGCAAUGAAAGCCCUUCAAUUAAUAACUGUAGAAGUGCUGAAAGAACACUAUGUUGAAGCGUGGCAGGCCAAGUCCCAGUGGGGACGUAGAGCCAUAAAGAAGAAGAAGAAGAUCCAUGACAGUGUUGAUGAACUACACUAUAAGAUGAUCGACAAUAUCGAUUUACCUCUGAAGAAGACCAACUGAGUGGCCGAAACGUUGGUAAAAUCAAAUGGUAUCGUUAAAUUUCUUAGAGACUGCAUAACCAUUGCAUAGCGGAAUGUUGACGAAGUCAAUCGGAGGUUUCUGGACGAAUUAGCGAGUAUUUAAAAAAAUGUUAUUAGCAUUACUAUCUUUAUUUACGAGAUUUUCAGCCAUAGACUUAGACAGUUUGUCUUUUAAAUUAAUUGUGAAAGAUUUAAAAUUUGGAAUGUGAAUUUUCGCAAACAUUUUCGAAGAAUUUUUGCUUUUUUUUAAGAAUUGUCAAUGGUUUCAAAAACAAUUAUUUGAUAUUUUUUUGUAGGUUUUCCGAUUCCUAUUCAGAUUCUUUUAUAAUAAAAAAAUAAAUUCACAAUAAGAAAUACUGAAAAGGAAAUAAUAAAAAUACGAAAAUCGUUACGAUAAAAAGAUUUUAAAAUGUUGAUAAAUUUGUUGCAUUUUUCGACGUUUUGUAUGGCUUUUUUGAUGAAUUAUUCAUAAAAAAAAAAUAUUCAUGCAUGUUUUUGAAAAGAUAGUGGAAAAUAUUGGUGUUUAAUAAUUCUUCCAUCUGUAUGUCUUUACCUAAAGUUAAUAUUUUUUCAAUUUUAUAUUUUUGCCAUUCAUUAGGAGAAUCCCUUUGUAUGGUUUAAAGUUCAUGACGAUUGCUGAGAAUAAGCUUAGCAGUUUUGAGUUCCUGAAAAAAAAAUAAAAAAAUUUACGAAUGUGAGUCAAAGCUCUAUGUGAAUUUUUUCAUGGAUUUUCAAAGUAUAUUUCAACAAACCCGGUCAAAGAAGUCAGAAAUUUCAUGGUAAAUUUGUUUGUUUUUACAUGAGAAAUUCGUCUGAAUCUUUUAUUAGUAUCUCAGAAGUUUCUUUGCGAUUUCCAUUCAAAAUUCCAUUUGAUGUUCCUCAGUACGUUCUUUCUGUGUCGUAACUCUAAGGAAUGUUUCAAUGAUCAGCGCUAAAUAUCCGCCAAAAUUAUUUAAAAAAAAACUCUUCCGAGAAUUCCCGUAAUAAUUUCCUACUUGUUUGCUGUUUUAGAAAAUAAAUAAAAUUAAAAGAAUAAUAAUAAACAUGAGCAAUAUCAACAAUUAUCAUUUUUAAUAUUGCGCAUUCAGUUCGCCACUUUUUAAUAUUGCGCAUUCACUGCGCACUCAGUCUUCAUAAGUGCGAAAACGUUAAUAAAAGUGCGCGAUUGAAUCAAAUCCAGUUGAUGUCUUCGGCGCACUAUUUUUUUUUUUUUUUUUGAUAUAUGCUGAACAGGGAUGGGAACACUCACUUGUGAAGAGUUACAUUCACUUGCUAUUUUGUCAGCUCAGAAUCGUGCAAUCAAGAAACGAUGCAUGAACGACUUUUGCCUUGUGAUUUUGUCUUAAAUUUUGCCAAAUAGAGUGGGGAUCGCACACGCAUACCAAAGUCGUGACAGAGCUGUGAAAGUGACUCUCCACGAAGUGAGUGUAAUUCACAUUCACCUCGUGGAGAGUUGCCUUCGCUGCUCUCUGACGACUUCGGUAUGCGUAUGCGACCCCUACUUUAUUCGGCAAACUUUUAGACAAAAUCACAAGGCAAAAGUCGUUCAUAUAUCGUUUCUUGAUUGCACGCUUCUGAACUGAGAAAAUAGCAAGUAAGUAUAACUCUUUGCAAGUGAGUGUUCCCAUCCUUGAUGCUGAAUAAGUGCUCCGAACACACUGAGUUGAUUUGUAGCAAUCGCGCACUUUUAUUUAAGUUUCCGCACUCUUAAGAACUCGUGCGAUAGUCCAGUGGUGAACUAAAUGCUUCAUAGAUGAAUGGCAAAUUGUGAAAUGAAACUGUUAUCGGACGAUGGAACCAAUCAAAUAAAGAUUAUCAGCCGUACGUGCAUCCGCAAUUCUGUUUUUGUGUCAUUGUUUUUGAUGAUUAUUAUUCCUCUCCCCCAUGAACUCGAUUCGAACUGGAAAUAUCCGAAAUUUGGUUCCAAAACAAAACAACGAAAAAAAAAAUCGAAUAUAGCAGUUUUUUUUUGCAAAUACAUUAACAGAUGUUUUACAUUGGUGUCACACUACAUAAUCAGCAUUUAUUCACAAGAAAGUCCACUGACAUACAGAAUUUCACAAUAAACUUUUCCAAUAAUUUCACAAACCUGGGGUAAUCCUUGGGUACCAAGGGUUGUUAGGUAUUCAAUUAGACAGAAAUUAGGUGUUGAAAUAUACGAAUUCAACGCAAAUGAAUCACUCACGGAAUAAUCGCGAUCGUUCCAGAUACACUGCUGCAAUCACAACAAUAAACAAUUCUGAUUUUGCUUCGCUAAUGUCAUUCUAGUUACGCCCACCCUAAACUUGCAUACAACUCUUGUUGGAUGUUGGAGGAGUAGUACAAAUGUUAUUGAUUAACCAACACCUAAGCCAACACCACAUACGUAUCGGUAGCAGUGCUGCCAGAUUAACUGAAAUACUCAAAUAAAAAUUUUACGAAUUUAUGUUUAUCAUCGAUUAUGGAACAUGACGGGUUGUAACGAAACAACAAGUGAAAUAUUGGAAUUAAUUAAUCUCAAAAUCCGUGGGAGACGGUGUUUUGAAUGGCAAUGGGCCUAUAACGCUUCCAAUGCAGCGUUCAAAACAUAGUUUUCCACGGGCUUUCAGAUUCAUACAUUAGGUAUGUGAGAACCCUAUUCUCGUUGAGGUAGGUGUAGGAAUUUUGAUUAUCAUAGAAAAAAACAACCUGAUCCCGUUCUUUAGUCGCUUGUCUAAAAAUAGGCCCACAAUAGAAUUUAGAUUUCCAAAGCGCUUGUUUUGGUCAUUUCUCGUUCUACCAACAAGCUCACCCAACCAUAAAGCGGAGAUCAUCAGCAUCGUGCGAUUUUCGACCGUCUUCCACCAUAAACACAAUGUAUUCCACCACACAGCCCGGAUCCAGCCCGGACGGAGACUCUUACAAUUGAUCUUAAUUAGAGCUUGUGUCACGAUUCAUAAUUUCGAAACUUGUACGAAUGCCACCCACCCACGCUUCCAUUCGGCUCGGUUCGGUUUACUUCCUCCGACCGGGCGGCGGCGAGCGGAAUUGAGAUGAUCGUAGAGAAGCACGUUUC